AUGAAAUAAUAGAAUUUGUUCAUGUGCUAAUAAAUAGCACAUGAAGGUGAAUUUAUAUAAGGUUUUUGUUUAAAUUUGGGAUGCCAAGAUUUAAGAUCUUAGUUUUGUCUUUAAUGCGGAAUUGAUCCUGAGAAACAUACUAAUUGCAAGAAAGAUCUCAAAGGAUUUGGUUAAAUUUAGGGUUUUAUAACUAAAUUCAAUUAGUAUAUACUUGAUUUAACUAACUAAUUAAAUAAAUCCUAUUCAUCAGUCAAAAUUAAAUAUGAAGAAUUCACAAAAUAAUUGGAUAAUAUGAAAAUAUAAUUAGUUAAGAUUUCUGAAGGUUUAAGUUAAUAAGAUUAUAAAUAAAUCUAAGAAAAUUUGUAAAUGAUUAAGGAGUGGUAUCAAUAUUCAAACAAUCAAAAUGAGAUCAUGAAAUAAAAUUGA